AUGUGUCCAGGUAAUUACAGCACCUCGUAACUCCUCACACUUGGACCAUCAUUAAUUUUCACCCAAGUGUGUAGCUCUGUGGUGAUUGAACCACAACACCACACACCUGCUACACCAUCAAAUCAACUUCAGUCAGACAAACCUGGACAAAUCUGGUAUUUUCUGUAUUCUCCCAUGAUAUUAUUUUAAUAAGAAGGAGAGUCAACGUGACCCUGUAACCCCUGUGUAGUUUUAGUUUGAUUUGAUCUCACACAUUUUUUAUCCUUUUUCCACAGAUCUGACGUUCUCUUGGAUUUUUAAUGAGUACCCCUCAUUUGUGAAGCAGGACACACGUCGCUUUAUCUCCCAGGAGACUGGGAAUCUAUACAUCGCUAAAGUGGAGCCUUCUGAUGUGGGCAACUACACCUGUGUGGUGACCAACACUGUCACCAAGACCAGGGUCCAAGGCCCGCCCACUCCUCUGGUGCUGCGCAGUGAUGGUGAGAUCCAGUUCUACAACAACUACUGCCACCCUAUCAAACAGUAUUUAUCCUAUUUUAUGUGUUCCUUUUCUGGCCCUUGUGCUGUUUAAUGUGAUCAAUAUCAUCACAUUUGAAUAUGAGAUAAACAAAUUGUAAUUGAAUUGAUUAACUGGUAUUUGUUCAUUGGUUUCAAACUUAGGCCUGAACAGAUGGAAUGAAAGCUCUGAACAAACAUGUGAACAAACUUGUUGUAGGAAACAGAAAAAUAGGACAGUGAUUUUAAAGGUCCAAUGCAGCCGUUUUUAUCUCAAUAUCAAAUAAUUUCUGGAUAAUGAAGUAUAUUUUCUGUGAUUGUUUUCAAUUAAAAUGGUCAAAAACAAACAAAAAUAGCUUUGUAGCAAAGAACAAUUUCUCAAGCAACUAUUUUGCUAGGACUGUCAAGGAGUGAUCUGAGUGGGGAGAGGAAAACUGUAAAUUAGCUGUUAUUGGCAGAGUUUGGGACUCUCUUUUUUAUUGGUCUAUUAACUAAUUUACCACACAGUGAUGUCACCAUGGAAGCCCAAAACUCCAUCCCACCAAAACAAGCUGAAGUUUCAGGUGCUCUUUUCAAACAGCACUUACACUAAAAGGGCGUUAUCACCAUUUUCACAAUUUCACAUUUCACAAUGUCAAAGUGUGGAAAUAUAUACACUCAUCUAGUACCGGGUCAGACCCCCCUUUGCCUCCAGAACAGCCUGAAUUCUUGCUCAAUUUGUAUCAAGGGACCUAACGUGUGCCAGAAAAACAUUCCCCACACCAUUACACCACCGCCACCAGCCUGUACCGUUGACACCAGGCAGGAUGGGGCCAUGGACUCAUGCUCUUUACGCCAAAUCCUGCCAUCAAUUGUCCAGUGUUGGCGAUCGCGUGCCCACUGGAGCCGCUUCUUCUUGUUUUUAGCUGAUAGGAGUGGAACCCGGUGUGGUCGAUUGCUGAAAUAGCCCAUCCGUGACAAGGACCGAUGAGUUGUGUGUUCCGAGAAACCUUUCUGCAAACCACUGUUAUACUGCGCUGUUAUUUGCCUGUUUGUGGCCUACCUGUUAGCUUGCACGUUCUAGCCAUUCUCCUUCAACCUCUCAUCAACGAGCUGUUUUCGCCCACAUAACUGCCGCUGACUGGAUGUUUUUGUUUGUCGCACCAUACCCGGUAAACCCUAGACACUGUCAUGCGUGAAAAGCCCAGGAGGCCGGCCGUUUCUGAGAUACUAGAACCGCCGCGCCUGGCACCGACGACCAUACCACUCUCAAAGUCGCUUAGGUCACUCGUUUUGGCCAUUCUAAUGUUCAAUCGAAUAGUAGCUGAAUGCCUCGAUGCCUGUCAACCUGCUUUAUAUAGCAAGCCAUGGCCACAUGACUCACUGUCUGUAGGAGCGAACCAUUUUUGUGAACGGUGUGGUGUACCGAAUAAACUGUCCACUGAGUGUAUAAAACACAGGUAAAUCACGUUUUUGACUGCACUGGGCCUUUAAGGAAUACAAAUUAAUUCCAAAGGUUAAUUAGCUGUUUCUUUGCAACUUUAAGAUAGCCCACUAGCCAAUGGUGGUGGUGCUUCAGGCUGGCCUUAUCAAAGGCUCUCCAAUGGAAAGGUCAUUUGUCUGAGAGUGAUCUAAUUGUUGGCUUUCCAGGAAUAAUUAGUUCUCUAACUAAUGUUUAACACUAUGCAGGGAUACAAUUCUGAUAUGUAGGAUCUAUUCAUGGUAAAGUAUUGAAGUUUUUCAUACUCUUGACAUUUCAUCUGCUGAUUGUGAACCAUAUCUACAGUAAACUACAGUACAGUAUGAUAGCAUGAAAACUACUAUUACUACGUAAUUCAUCCCUCUUAGAUAUGAACAUGAGUAAACGAAGCCUCCCUAUUGAAUAUGGUCUUUAAGACAACUGUAAUUGAUUGAAUCAGGGGAAAUGUUUACUGUGUGUGUAGUCAGCCUACGUAUCAUCAAAUAUUGCCAUGGGUAGGAUAGCAGAAUUACUGUACAUUACACUAACUGUAUCUAAGCAAUCAGGUGGGAAUUGUUUAGAUAAAACACUCUGCAGAAGCAGUAGGAGCAUUUGAGGGUUAUGUUUCCGCGACAGUGGAUCUCUGCUAGUCUGGAAUCACUACUUCUAGUGCAUGCUAUUUUGUUGGAUGCUGCAUGAGAAGGUAUGAUUAUUUGUAUUUAAUUUCUAACUUAUUGUUUUUACCAAUGCACCAAACCUACUGGUGUGACAAUGAGAUGCCAAUAAUGAACCCUCCAGUCACACAGGUCACAUUAGCAUGUGUCCCCUCCUAAAUGUUAUGGUAUGAGAAGUGGUUAAACACGAUGGUGUUCUCCGUUUUGCUCUACGACCUCCACAAGUGUCACGAGACAUAAUUCCUUUUCAUUAAUUUUUUGACUGUCUGCUUUUCCAUGCAUGAAUCUGUUACUCAAGGUGUUUCUAUGGGCUAAUAGCAGUAUGGCCAAAUUCAAUGAUUUUAUUUUAUUUAUAUUUUCUAUACGUGAUGAUGCUCAUAGGCACCUGAGUAAUGGAGCAAAACGGAGCAUCUGCAUCCCCACUUUCAAAAUAGGGUGCAAUUUUCAAUGAUUAGUCAUGUUUGAGCUAGUCUAUAUUAAAAUAAAUAUGUACAUUUUCUAUAUUAUAUAAUAAUUAACUGAUUUAAUGAAUAAUAUUCCUCGAGAUGAAUAUAAUUUUCUCGCAUAGAGUACGACAGGCUGACAAUUGAAUAGCUAAACUAUUCUACUAUGGGGUUGUCUGAUUCUGCUGUUGCUUACUCGUGUUGUUGGCUGUGGAAAAUAUUUGCAUAACCAAAGGUACCGGAUCUCAGCUCCGCCUGGCUCUCAUUUGGAUCAAAGGUGGCGGGUCUCGGACCCAGCCCAAUUGAAUCCCUGGGUAUAAGACCAUUAGAGCCUCGACCAGCUGUCUCAUUUACCAUGGCUGAUAGGCCCUUGGCUACCUGGCUGUAUUAGAAAAUAGAGAUACGGAUCAGAAUGAGCUUUCACAGUCAGUCAGGGAACCAUCCAGAUAACACUUGCCUCACAAAAUCAAGAGCUCAUUUGGGCUGAAAAACCUUUGGAAAUGUCAUAGAGGAUUGCAGAUAAAGAAUACCAGCAGCAAUGAGAAAACCUGUUAGUGGUGUUCCAAAAGAACCACUUCUCAGAUGUAUGAUUGUAAUCGCUUAUAGAACAUAUAUAGGAAACAACAUAUCAGCAGUUUCCAUGUUGUUGUAGUUUUUUUUGCUUUCUUGUAAUUGGUUGUGAAUUUCUUUCCUCAGGUAUAAUGGGUGAAUACGAGCCAAAGAUUGAAGUUCAGUUUCCAGAGAUUGUCCAUGUAGCCAAAGGAUCGACAGUGAAACUGGAGUGUUUUGCAUUAGGAAAGUAAGUAUGCUCUGGGCUUGAUUAAACAGGCACACAAAUACAUGAAAAGCAGAAGGUUAUUAACAAACAGCGUGAUAUUUUUCAUGUUUCACUGCAUGCCUCCAACCAUCCUCUGAUUGAGGCCGGGCUGCGCAUCUGAGAAUUCUGGUAGAGUUGGGGCCGUGUGAGACUCCUCCUGGUUCACUAGCUGAAUUAUGUAUUCAAUACAUUUCUCUUUUCUGUCUAAUCCACUGAAUCCAUAUAGGUUAAGUACAGUGGCGAUGUUACAAUUAUUUGUGUUUGUAAAAUGAACAUGCUACAAGGAUUCUCUACCUUUCUGCAUUACUCUUUUUCCAGCCCUGUCCCCUCCAUAAACUGGAGGAGAAUGGACGGAAUCCCCUUUUCUAGGAAGGUGGACGUGAGGAAAGCCAGUGGCGUUCUGGAAAUCCCCUAUUUCCAGCAGGAAGACGCGGGCACAUACGAGUGUGUGGCAGAGAACUCCAGAGGGAGGAACACUGUAAAAGGAAAACUCUCUUUCUACGGUAGGUGAUCCUGAACCACAUUAAUAUUUGAACCAGCGAAGGCUACAUGUGUCAGUUUCGCUUCGACUGAGAGGCAUCAAAGGGACAACUAACUGGGUUUAAAACACAGCCAUUGGUAAUCAACUGUGGCUCCGCCACUUUGCAUGGGAGGAGCAUCGUUUUAACAGCGCAUCCCAAAUGUUUAAAGCCCCAGCGGCCAAUAUGCCUUUAAUAUUUUGAUCCAGAUUAAAGCAGUGAUGAUGUGAAUGAGGAGGAGACCUUGGACGUGACCUUGUAUUGGGUUCCACCAGAUGGCAUCAUGAUUGACAUCCAACUUGACUGGAGAUCAAAGCUCUUAAAUAUACUACUGUAUAUUUAGACCAGGGCCACAUAUUCCACAGGAAUAACCUGCAGUGCAGCGUCUGGAUGAAGAGGAAGAGGAGUGGUAGUCUAGUGGUUAGAGUGUUGGGCCAGUAACUUAAAGGUUGCUGGUUUGAAUUCCUGAGCUGACAAGGUGAACAACAUCUGAUGUGCGCUUGAGCAAAGCACUUAACCGUUUGCUAAAUGGCAAAUGUAAUGUAGUAGUUGGGACAUUGGUUAUUAGUUGUAUUCAUGUCUGUUUAAUUCAGAUCUACUUUAAGCCCUUCGGCUGAAUAUGUGUGUUUUGGAUUUGCUGUCAUUGUCAUCUAUGCAUGUAUUAUUUGUGGACUUUCCUCAUAAUUAUUGAUGUAAAGUCAUCAAAACAUCACUGUCUAUUCAGGACGUUUCAAGUAAAGAAGAAAUAUUAAGUAGUUCCCCUCAACACUGCUACAAGCAUGCUUUUCCUUUCCCUAUUAAUGCCAAUAGUAGUCAUUAUUAACUCCAGCAUAUGUUUAAUCCGUAUUCUAACAUUAUUUUUACAGAGCAGCGGUGUUUGUAUCUAGAGAAAGACCACAGGCUCUAUCAGUGGUACUAUGGACAGUCAAAUGAAGGGUCGUGACCUUCCGUUGUUCUCUAGUAGUCAUAUGAUAGUAUUGUUCAUACAAGACAUCCUCCUAUUAAGUAAGUACCUGUAGGCUAGCCGUACCACUGAGAUGUAUCUCUCCCUUCUGGAGUCUUUCUCUGCUGCAUGCCUAAGGACCCAUUUACAAGAAUAGCUUGUCGGGGUCCCUGAGUGUUUUAUUACACUUGUUGUUUAAUUUUUUAUAUUCCACACAAUGUGGAUCACUAACAGAUGCUGGAAAAGACUUGAAAGAAACAUGGCUGGCUGGACUAAUGACAUGGAAGUAUGUUUGCUAUGGUAGUUGCAACGAUAUACAGUAUAGCGGUAUGUAUAAUAAAAUGAGGUAAAAAAAAAACUGCACAGCAGAUGAUAACCAACAGUCAUACUUCCAUACAGACCAUCUAUUUUAGUGUGGGUAAAUAUUUAUGUUAUCUUUUCCAAAUUCAACUGAAGCUCUCUCCUUCAAUUGGUUUCACAUCCCCCUGCCCUGCCUCCUGUGGUGCAUAAGUCAGGCUCGGUCAGUUAUCAGGAAUAACUCAUUCUCUGCAUUAAACAAUUUGUCAUUAUUUACAAGGUGCCUGCCUCAUAGCUCCCUGCACCUCUCAGUAAUGGAACCCAGCAGCAGCGUUGCUGUGGCUGUGAGCUAUGGGGGAUGAUUUGUCCGUAUUCGCAGCAGGUCUGCCCUCUUUUGAUGUGCUUUCUCACUUACUCUCUCUCUCGUCUCUCUCUCGUCUCUCUCUCGUCUCUCUCUCUCUCUCUCUCUCUCUCUCUCUCUCUCUCUCUCUCUCUCUCUCUCUCUCUCUCUCUCUCUCUCUCUCUCUCUCUCUCUCCAGGUGAUAAAAAUCUAUCUGUAAUCUUAUUUUGAAGUCCCUUGGAAUUAAGCCUUUGAGACAUUUGUCAGCAGUGUGUGAGAAUCAGGGAAUCUCGUGUACAUUGUUACAACCUGCAGUCACAAAGCGGUGAAAGCCUCAGCUUUCUGCCUAGGAAAGAGCUGAAGGCAUUAUUUGACUCUGAGUUUCUACUGAUCACUGUGUCAUUAGUAGUUAGAUGUUAAUGCUUUAAUUAGGUUCUGCACGUCUUGUGUUUUCACAAGGUGAAUGGUAAUUAUCUUUUCAUGUCAGUCAAAGCUACAUUCAAAUGAAUAUCUGUUGUUUUAGUCUUGAUUGGAGAGAGCAUUUUGGGAUAAAAUGGGGAAAUGUUGCACAUUAUUCUAUUUUAACCUCAUCCAAAAGGUAGCCUACAUACUAAUUAAAUACAACUAAUUAUGCAUAUGGACUGCCAUUGGUUUCUCUAUUUUAAUCAACAAUUUAACUCUGCAGUAUAUUUAAUACUUUCCUAAGUAAGCAGUAUCCCAAGAUAAUGCCAUGAAUAUCAAAACCCCAUGCCAGUUUCACUUUGAUUCCCCUAUCGCCUAUCUCCCUCUUUGCUUUAGCUGGUUGAUUUGAAAUGUUUGGGCUGAUUGUGUGCACACUGGGCCUGAUGCAGCUAGGAAUGGGCUGCCCUCUUUCAUUUGGUGGUCUGUGACUGAGCGUCGAUACGUUCACAGUGGCUGAGGGAUGGAGUGACAGUGGGCUAAAAAACAACAACAACAAUGGGGUCCUGGGAGGUGGAGAGGGUGGAGCAUGGCCACUAGGCUUCUCUCUAAGAUUGCACUGGCAUGGAUGUGAUGCUAAAUGACUGGUGAUAAUGGAGUCUCAGAGUACCUCUCUCUCUCUCUCUCUCUCUCUCUCUCUCUCUCUCUCUCUCUCUCUCUCUCUCUCUCUCUCUCUCUCUCUCUCUCUCUCUCUCUCUCUGCUAUCUUGUCUAGGGGCACCUCUGUCCAAAACACACACUGGCUAACCUCUUAAUACCCAGACACACACACAGACCCACAGACCACACAAACACACAAGCUCUCUCUUUUUCUGUUUUCCCUAUGUCUCUCUCUCUCUCUCUCUCUCUCUCUCUCUCUCUCUCUCUCUCUUUCAGUCACUCUCUUCUCUCUCUCUCGCUCUCUCUCUCUUCUCUCUCAGACACAUGCAUCACAUCAAAUACACACAGGAGGGAUAAGGAUACAUUUGCAAUUACUAUUGGAUUUCUCACUGUUUCAUCUCGAAUUUCUUGGAAGCAAGCUAAGCUGAAGCAGGAACCCAAUUAGAGUUGGAUUUGUAUGUACUAUUACAGAGAAGUCACCUCAAAGGUCAGUCGGGGAGUAUGGCAUUAGUCAGGUGCUGCAUAAUGGAAAUGUAUAGUGUGCCAUUACUCUUGUCGUAACAAUGACCUGGUGUGAUAGAGGAUGAUGGCGGACUGACCUACACAUCAUCCACAACAUGGAUAGUUACGAGGAUAGUAAAUCUGGAGGUUUAUGUUCCUCAUUUCCCCCCUUGCUAAUUCGUUAACCAGUCAUGAGUUACUUGGAAGCUACUGUAGGAAUCAAUAAAGCUCCUGUAUAAUUCCAACAUAAUUUACUUGAAUGGUUUUGGGAGAGGUAUUUCAUGGCAAUGUACUAUACCACCCAUGUAUACACUAAUACAUCUGGAUUGUUUUGUUCACUGUCUCAGCAGCACACAUAAUGAACCUAACAAUAGGAUAGUCAUGUAUCAUUUAUGCCAUCUACUGUAUUUUUUGUUUCUACUUAUGUCCAAGCACAAGGUCAAUUUGCAACAAUAGGUAACUCAUUUUAAUUUCAGUGCCGGAUCAACUGUCUGUGAUUUCAUGAGGAGAAAUAAUAAUAAAUAAUAUGCCAUUUAGCAGACGCUUUUAUCCAAAGCGACUUACAGUCAGGCGUGCAUAAAUUUUUUGUGUAUGGGUGGUCCCGGGGAUCAAACCCACUACCCUGGCAUUACAAGCGCUGUGCUCUACCAGUUGAGCUACAGAGAACCAGUAUAGGAGUAUAGGCUAGCUGCGAGAAAUGUGAUCUGUAUGACAAUGUUCUAAUUCAUGGCCAUGUUGUUUUGACCAUGCAGCCCCUCCACAUCUGAUAGAGAAACCCCAGGAUGUACAGAAGCCCAUUGACGACUCUCUGGUGUGGGAAUGCAAGGCCACUGGAAAGCCCAAGCCCUCAUAUAGGUGGAUGAAGAACGGAGAGAACCUGGAGUCACUGGAGGUUAGUUCUACAUAGGGUUGCAAAGCUACUGGUAAUUUACCAAAGUUACUGUAAUCUUUGGUAAUUAAAAGUUAAUCUAUGGCAAUCUAUGGUAACAUUUUGUUCAUUUAUACUCGAAUAACAUUUGAUAUAUAUUCAGUACCAGUCCAAAGUUUGGACACACCUACUCAUUCAAGGGUUUUUCUUAAUUUUUACUAUUUUCUACAUUGUAGAAUAAUAGUGAAGACAAAUAACAGAUAUGGAAUCAUGUAGUAACCAAAAAAGUGUUAAACAAAUUAAAAUAUAUUUUAUGUUUGAGAUUCUUCAAAGUAGCCGCCUGUUACAGGAAAGGGACGCAGUUCCGGAGCGACCCAUUAGGUGUCAUCCUCCGACAACCUUAAGCACCUCCUCACUCACAGUCGGGACUAAUCAUCAUCCUAUUGGUUUCACCUGUGUCUAUCGGUUCACCUGUGUAUUUAUGCCCUCACUUCCCUAUGUUCCCUUAUUCAAUUCUCUCUGCUAGUUUCUCUAUGUCCAGCAGUACUACUCAGUGUCUGAUCGGAGAUCUAUGUACAGGUACUUGAGAAGUGUUCUCCCUGUUUCGUUAUUUGUUUCAGUCUUAGGUAAUAUUUCUUUAUUUUAUCGUGAUAAAUCCGUUAUUUUGUAUUUUGGCUUUGGGACCACCAGUAAAGAUCCUUGUUUCACAAUCUCUGCCUACUGCCUACUGUAUAUCCUGCACCGCACCUGGGUCACACCUCACGCCUACCCUUACAGCCACCCUUUGCCUUGAUGACAGCUUUGCACACUCUCAACCAGCUUCAUGAGGUAGUCACCUGGAAUGCAUUUCAAUUAACAGGUGUGCCUUGUUAAAAUUAAUUUGUGGAAUUUCUUUCCUUCUUAAUGCGUUUCAGCCAAUCAGUUGUGUUGUUACAAGGUAGGGGUGGUAUACAGAAGAUAGCCCUAUUUGGUAAAAGACCAAGUCCAUAUUAUGGCAUGAACAGCUCAAAUAAGCAUCAUUACUUUAGACAUGAAGGUCAGUCAAUCCGGAAAAUGUCAAGAUCUUUGAAAGUUUCUUCAAGUGCAGUGGUAAAAACCAUCAAGCGUUAUGAUGAACCUGUCUCUCAUGAGGACCGCCACAGGAAAGGAAGACCCAGAGUUACCUCUGCUGCACCUCAGAUUGCAGCCCAAAUAAAUGCUUCACAGAGUUCAAGUAACAGACACAUCUCAACAUAAACUGUUCAGAGGAGACUGUGUGAAUCAGGCCUUCAUGGUCGAAUUGCUGCAAAGAAACCACUACUAAAGGACACCAAUAAGAAGAAGAGACUUGCUUAGGCCAAGAAACACGAACAAUGGACAUUAGACCGUUGGAAAUCUGUCCUUUGGUCUGAUGAGUCCAAAUGUGAGAUUUUUGGUUCCAACCACCGUAUCUUUGUGAGACGCAAAUUAGGUGAACUGAUGAUUCCUGCAUGUGUGGUUCCCAUGGAGGAGGUGUGAUGGUGUGGGGAUGCUUUGCUGUUGACAUUGUCUGUGAUUUAUUUAGAAUUCAAGGCACACUUAACCAGCAUGGCUACCACAGCAUUCUGCAGCGAUACACCAUCUCAUCUGGUUUGGGCUUAGUGGGAUUAUCAUUUGUUUUUCAACAGGACAAUGACCCAAAACACACCUCCAGACUGUGUAAGGGUUAUUUGACCAAGAAGGCGAGUGAUGGAGUGCUGCAUCAAAUGACCUGGUCUCCACAAUCACCCGACCUCAACCCAAUUGAGAUGGUUUGGGAUAAGUUGGACCGGAGAGUGAAGGAAAAGCAGCCAACAACUGCUCAGCAUAUGCGGGAACUCCUUCAAGACACUGUUGGAAAAGCAUUCCUCAUGAAGCUGGUUGAGAGAAUGCCAAGAGUGUGCAAAGCUGUCAUCAAUGCAAAAGUUGGCUACUUAGAAGAAUCUAAAAUCUAAAAUAUAUUUUCAUUUGUUUAACACUUUUUUGGUUACUACAUGAUUCUAUAUGUGUUAUUUCAUAGUGUUGAUGUCUUCACUAUUAUUCUACAAUGUAGAAAAUAGUGAAAAAUUAUGAAAAACCCUUGGUGUGUCCAAACUUUUGACUGGUACUGAAUAUACAGCUCUGGAAGAAAUAAAGAGACCACUGCAAAAUUAUCAGUUUCUCUGGUUUUACUAUUUAUAGGUAUGUGUUUGGGUAAAAAUAACAUUUUUGUUUUAUUCUAUAAACUACUGACAACAUUUCUCCCAAAUUACAAAUAAAAAUAUUUUCAUUUAGAGCAUUUAUUUGCAGAAAAUGACAACUGGUCAAAAUAACAAAAAAGAUGCAGUAUUGUCAGACCUCGAAUAAUGCAAAGAAAAUAAGUUAAUGUUAAUUUUUAAACAACACAGUACUAAUGUUUUAAUUUAGGAAGAGUUCAGAAAUCAAAAUUUGGUGGAAUAACCCUGAUUUUCAAUCACAGCUUUCAUGCGUCUUGGCAUGCUCUCCACCAGUCUUUCACAUUGAUGUUGGGUGACUUCAUGCCACUCCUGGCGCAAGAAUUCAAGCAGCUCGGCUUUGUUUGAUGGCUUGUGACCAUCCAUCUUCCUCUUGAUCACAUUCCAGAAGUUUUCAAUGGGGUUCAGGUCUGGAGAUUGGGCUGGCCAUGACAGGGUCUUGAUCUGGUGGUCCUCCAUCCACACCUUGAUUGACCUGGCUGUGUGGAAUGGCGCAUUGUCCUGCUGGAAAAACCAAUCCUCAGAGUUGGGGAACAAUGUCAGAGCAAAAGGAAGCAAGUUUUCUUCCAGGACAACCUUGUACGUGGCUUGAUUCAUGCGUCCUUCACAAAGACAAAUCUGCCCGAUUUCAGCCUUGCUGAAGCACCCCCAGAUCAUCACCGAUCCUCCGCCAAAUUUCACAGUGGGUGCGAGACACUGUGGCUUGUAGGACUCUCCAGGUCUCCGUCUAACCAAUAGACGACGAGGUGUUGGGCAAAGCUGAAAAUUGGACUCAUCAGAGAAGAUGACCUUACUCCAGUCCUCUACGGUCCAAUCCUUAUGGUCUUUUGCAAACCUCAGCCUGGCUCUUCUUUGCUUCUCAUUGAUGAAGGGCUUUUUUCUAGCUUUGCACAACUUCAGCCCCGCCCCUAGGAGCCUGUAUCGAACCGUCCUCACUGUGCACUUCACCCCAGCUGCCGUUUGCCAUUAUUUUUGUAGGUCACUUGAUGUCAUCCUACGGUUGUUGAGUGACAUUAGAAUUAGUUGGCGGUCAUCCCGUUCAGUAGAGAGUCGUUUUCGCCCUCUGCCGGUCUGUAGCUUUGUUGUCCCCAAUGUCUGCUGCUUGACCUUGUUCUUGGAAGCAACCUGACGCUCACUGUAUCCCUUUGCCAGUAAAGCCAGAAUUGAACCCUUCUUUUCCUCACUCAAAACUUUCCUUUUCAACUCUUUUGGCAUGGUCAAUAGUUAUUUUUUUAUUAAUAUAACUUUUGAGGUACUAUUAGCACUGUUUUUGCCGUCCAGCUGGUCCUAUUGCAAGAGGAUAGUGAUGACCACAGAAGUGGUUUUUAUACUUUUCCUUGUUAAAUAAGAUUUGGUUCACGUGAUCACCUAAUCUGUACCUAAUUCAGUAGAAUGAUGUGUGCCUGUGUUGGAAUUCAAUAGACACUGGAAUGGAAUGGCUGUCAUACAUUCUACUGAUGUUAAUUUUUUCCAGAGCUGUAUAUAGUAUUAAUUUGUUAUAUCUGUGUUCAUGUUGUCUAUGCGUUUCUAGUUGAUAGACCAUAUGGUUCAAGAGAAAAUAGCUGAAUAAAAAAAGCAUCUAAUUAACAAUGGCAUUAUUUUCAAACGAAUAUGCAACUCUUCCAACUAUUGUAUUUUUUAAAAUUAAAUUAAAUUAAAUUUUUGUCAUUAGCAGACCUCUUAUCCAGAGCGCCUACAGAGCAAUUGGGUUUGGGCUCAGGGCACACGCAGAUUUUCACCUAGUGGUAGGGAUUAGACAGCGAAACACACGUCUACCCCUAAGCACCUUGAUAAAUUUGUAAAUUCAAAAAGUGGCUUUGUAAAGGGUAUUUCAAACUGCCUCCAUGGCGCAAAAGCAAAUAAAAAAAGUGUGUAAAGAAAUAUAAAGGAUAUUUCAUGUUGAAACCAUCAUAUUAAACACCAAUGGUAUUCACUAAAUUGAUGGUUUGUAUUUAGGAUAAUGUUUUACAGUUUUGUCAUUCAACAUUUCUAUUUUAAAAUGUCAUCUGAUAAAAUGCCAUAUAUUCCUUGAAAGUUACAAAAAUUCUGGUAGUUUACUGGUAAACUUCAAAAGGUUCCAGUACCCUAGUUCUGCAUAUAGCUCACAGUGGAGUGAAUGGUGUAUAUGCUCAGAAUUGGGGCUGAUUCAGGAGGAUGCAACAGAGAAAUGCAUUGUGCUGAAUAGACAUGAUUCUAAUUUCACUAGCAUACCAAAUGCAGAUAGUUUUAUGAACUUCAAUUACUGUAGUAAACAUUGUAUUGACAAAGCAGUGUGUUUCCCGCUUGGCUUGUUUAACCUCUCUUUCCCAGUAUAUGAGUCCCUGGUGAAAUCUGAACACAAUUUGGCUAGAUAUCACCUUUAUUGCUCAGAGCAUGGCUUUAAACUGUUUAGUUCCCCAGAACACCACUUAUCUUACAGGAUUUACAAUAACCUGAAAGUGUCUUCUAAGCUCUGGUUUGUUAAAGGUACAGUGCAUUCAGAAAGUAUUCAGACCCCUUGACUUUUUCCAUAUUUUGUUACGUUACAGCCUUAUUCAAAAAUUGAUUAAAUAGUUUUUUUUCCCCCUCAUCAAUUUACACACAAUACCCCAUAAUGACAAAGCCAAAACAGGUUUUUUGAAAUUUUAGCAAAUUUAUAAAAUAAAAUAAACCGAAAUAUCACAUUUACAUAAGUAUUCAGACCCUUUACUCAGUACUUUGUUGAAGCACCUUUGGCAGCGAUUACAGCCUAGAGUCUUCUUGGGUAUGAUCCUACAAGCUUGGCACACCUGUAUUUGGGGAGUUUCUCCGAUUCUUCUCUGCAGAUCCUCUCAAGCUCUGUCAGGUUGGAUGGGGAGUGUCGCUGUACAGCUAUUUCCAGGUCUCUCCAGAUAUGUUCUAUCAGGUUCAAGUCCGGGCUCUGGCUGGGCCACUCAAGGACAUUCAGAGACUUGUCCCGGAGCUACUGUUUGCUUAGGGUCUUUGUCCUGUUGGAAGGUGAACCAUCGCCCCAGUCUGAGGUCCUGAGUGCUCUGGAGCAGGUUUUCAUGAAGGAUCUCUCUGUACUUUGCUCCAUUCAGAAUUCCAUAAAUCCUGACUACUCUCCCAGUCCCUGCUGCUGAAAAACAUUCCCACAGCAUGAUGCUGCCACCAGCAUGCUUCACUGUAGGGAUGGUGCCAGGUUUCCUCCAGACGUGACGCUUGGCAUUCAUUCCAAAGAGUUCAAUCUUAGUUUCAUCAGACCGGAGAAUCUUGUUUCUCAUGGUCUGAGAGUCCUUUAGGUGCCUUUUGGCAAACUCCAAGCGGGCUGCCAUGUGCCUUUUAAUAAGGAGUGGCUUCCGUAGAAAGACCUGAUUGGUGUAGUGCUGCAGAGAUGGUUGUCCUUCUGGAAGGUUCUCCCAUCUCCACAGAGGAACUCUGAAGCUCAGUCAGAGUGACCAUCGGGUUUUUGGUCACCUCCCAGACCAAGGCCCUUCUCCCCCAAUUGCUCAGUUUGGCCGGGCGGCAAGUUCUAGGAGGUCUUGGUGCUUCCAAACUUCUUCAAUUUAAGAAUGAUGGAGGCCACUCUGUUCUUGGGGACCUUCAAUGCUGCAGAAAUUUUUUGGUACCCUUACCCAGAUCUGUGCCUCGACACAAUCCUGUCUCGGAGCUCUACAGACAAUUCCUUCGACCUCAUGGCUUGGUUUUUGCUCUGACAUGCAUUGUCAACUGUGGGACCUUAUAUAGACAGGUGUGUGCCUUUCUAAAUCAUGUCCAAUCAAAUGAAUUUCCCACAGGUGGACUCCAAUCAAGUUGGAGUCCACACUUCGCUCUCACACAGUCACACAAAGUAUCUGCUCAUGUGCACGGGUUCGCUUCACGCUGUUACAGCGUGGUAGCCAGGACACCAAAACAGCUGAGAAGUUGAGCCUCGCGCUUCAUCGCUCUUAGUUGUUGCGGAAAUUGACCCACUAUGCUGUUUACUUUCUGAAUCUACGUAAUAUCGCUGAGUCUACCUUUAAGAGACCAAACUGCUAACAAUUUUAUGCACGUCUUAGAGCGCCAUAAUGUAAGACCCACUGUAAUCUUCUGGUAAAUCUCUCUUCCCAGAGUGGAGUCAUUAAUCCUGUACCACCAACGGAGAAAAAGGAGGUUAGCCCCUUAUAAACACACUGACAUAAUCCUAAACACAUCCUAGAUCUGCUUUAGCCAGCCCCUUAUAAACACACUGACAUCAUCCUAAACACAUCCUAGAUCUGCUUUAGCCAGCCCCUUAUAAACACACUGACUACUGUGUAUCCUAGACCUCCUAGACCCCCUGUACUAUAGCCAUGUGCCUCCCUCUAAUUACCUAUCAUGAGCACAAUAAUGAGAGCUUAACACUACCUAGACACUGUACAGUGUAGACUGCAAUGCAAAGUUAUUUGUUCGGCUCAUAUUAAUGGCAAUAAGGGUAUGGCUUUGUGGAAAUAUUAUUCAAUACCCUUGAAUGGGAGCGCGCAAGGUCCCCUGUGCUACAGUAUGUAGCCAGGUUAUUUGCUGGAGAUUGAUGGUGGGCACUCAGGCACAGCUUGGACAUAAUGAAUAAGCAGACUUGAUGUUAAUUUUCUUAAUUAUACAAAAUGUUCACAAACAAAACAGACGGCAUCGAUCAAUCCUUCAAUGUUAUCUAUGUAGUAGAAAUGAGAGACACAGAUUCAUUUUAUUGUUUCAAGAGGCAGUGCUCCAAACAGCAGCAGCAGGCUCCUCUCUUUCCUUUCCCCAUAAAGGCAGAUUAGGGUUGCCUUCAGCUGUGCAUAAUUAACAAUAUGUCUAGUCAUUGGCAUCACAUUUGAUUAAAAACCUUUGCAAGGUCUGCUGGAAUGGUAUGAUUUGUUCUUUCAGUUGGUUAAAGAAAGAACUAGAGUAGGUAACAAAGUUACCCCACCAUCUGUUUGUCUCUAGGAAAGAGGGAUACUUUUAUUCAGUUCUUUUUAUCACUUUUUGCAAGCAUUAUUUUCAUACCAUCCCACUCGGUACAGAUGUCAAUUCAACGUCUAUUCCACGUUGGUUCAAUGUCUAUUCCUCGUUUGUUCAACGUAAUUUCAUUGAAAUGACGUGGAAACAACGUUGAUUCAACCAGUUUGUGCCCAGUGGGAUAUCAUUUUACAUGGAUAGUUUGACUCCACAAAUGUGGGAACCAUCUGUAUCUGAUGCCUCUGAGUGUACAGUAUCUGUGAUAAAAGGUUAGACAUUGACAGUAUUCAUUCCCAUGGAGUAGGAUUUCCUUAAUAUGAACAUAAUAAAUAGGAUGAUUAGUAAUGGAUGACUCAAGCAGAGGGAUUCCAUUGUUUGAAAUUUCACCAUCAAAUAGUGCAGCUUCAUCAAUCUAAUAACUAAAGGUCACUGAUGGAAGGAGAGCAGGAACGGGGAAGAUAUACCAUUUGUAGUGAUUCAUUACAGUAAAUCAAUGGGGACCUUUUCUGCUUAAUGGCUUAAUUUUUUUAAUAACUUCCGUUAACACUUUAUUUUGAUAAUCCCAAGUAGAUGGUUUGUAGAUCAGUAGUUCAGUAGAUGUUCAAUAACUGUCAACAACAUUCCAACUAACUACAGUAUCUACUAACCCUAACCCUACCCCUAACCCUAACCUUAACCCUUAUCCUUAUCCUUAUCCUAAACCUAAACUUAACCCUUACCCUAACCCUUAUUCUAAACCUAAACCAAACCUUAACCUUAGGAAGCAGUUGCUUAUCAACAGAUAAUUUGCUGAUAGUAUGACCAUAUGUAGAUCAUCUAUAUGGGACUAUCCAAAUAAAAUGUGACCUAACUUCCCAAGUUUGGUCAGUAGCUAAAGUUCAAAUGCAUUUCUCAUACCUGCCGAAAUGGACGAUAAUCAAACACCAAAUGCAAUGCAUCUCAAAAACCGCCAUGACAGUCGUUUGUUUGUGACAUCAAUCGAGUCACCCGUAGGGCUGUUGUGGUGACCAUAUUACCGCCACACCGGCAGUCAUGAGUCAUAACCGCAGUCAAAUUCUACGUGACCGUUUAGUCACGGUAAUCUCCUCUUAUGCGUUGGUAGUACCCAACUCGCUAACGACCAUCAGGUCGCUAAUGGCCUGGUAAUCAGGGCUCUAUAGUCCCUCUAACCAUUCCAUCAAUGCAAAUGCAAUCGGAAAUCACAUCAAACAAAUCAUCAAAACAGUAUCAUCCUUUUAAAACUCACCUCACAAAUUCACUACAGUUAUAAUGAAUUUGUAUUUUAUUUUGAAUAGCCUAGUAAUAGGGCCGUUUUUAUAUUUUUAUAAUUAAUAGGCUAGCACACUACCUUUCGCGACAGAAUAUCUCACCACUGUGCAUUUCCAUCUCCUCCCCUCUCUCCUUCAUUAAUUUCUUGAGCGCACAGAAAGAGGGGCUGUCAACAGUUUAAUGAAGUAUGUUUCGUUUUGAAAACAUGUUACUAUCGAUGUUCCCGAAUAGAUUGCACUUGGUUUGGCUGCAGGAACAGGGUUGGAGAGCCCAUGGCAUAAAGAGUUUGGGUGGAAUAUCACCUGUCACGCAGCAAGAGGCUGCAUGCUCCACAAACAGUGGUUGAUGCAUGGAGUGAAAUAACCGGAGUAGCCUACCCGGCAUGAUUGAAAAACGAACAGGCGGGAAAGCGGCCUCCAUUCCUUAUUGGAGUGCAUACGGAUGACAUUUAUUUUUUCCCCUGCCCCUGUUCCUGCCCAUUUGAUAAUGGGCCAUUGUAAGUCAAAACAGAUUUUACAUAUUAGUAAAGACAAGAUUAAAUUGAGAAUAGUCUGAUGGGUGAACAUAUACAGUAAAUGUGAUCACUUGAUGAGAGAACAGAAUGUGCAGCCUGAGACAAGUAACAGAGUGCAAGCUUUUUUGUGUGACUUUCUCACAUCAUCAAUAGCCUAUAGUCGCAUCAUGCAGCCCAUAUAUGUUUUGAUUUCUAAGACAUUCUAAGGUUUGUAUCAUUCACAACUAAAUUAGCCAAAUAACUCUAAAUCUAGCCUAUAGGACCUGUUUCAAAUGAUCACUUUUACACUCAACCUACUUCAUAUGCGCACUAGCUCCGGAAUGGGAAAAUAUAUCCUUUCUAUUUUAUUUAGAUGUUCAAUUACAGUGCCUUCAGAAAGUAUUCAUACCGCUUGACUUAUUCCACAUUUUGUUGUGUUACAGCCUGAAUUCAAAAUGGAUUAAAUGUUGGGUUUUUUCUCAUCCAUCUACACACAAUACACCAUAAUGACAAAGUGAAAACAUUUAUUUAAAAUGAAAUACAGGAAUAUCACACACCUUUGUAGAAAUAAAAUAAAUAAUAAAUAAAUUGGUCAUUUAGCAGACGCUCUUAUCCAGAGCGACUUACAGAAGCACAUUUGGCAGUGAUUACAGCUGUGAGUCUUUCUGGGUAAGUCUCUAAGAGCUUUCCACACCUAUAUUGUGCAACAUUUGCCCGUUAUUCUUUUCAAAAUUCUUCAAGGUCUGUCAAAUUGGUUGUUGAUCAUUGCUAGACAACCAUUUUCAGUUCUUGCCAUAUAUUUUCAAGCAGAUUUAAUUCAAAACUGUAACUGGCCACUCAGGAACAUUCACUGUCUUCUUGGUAAGCAACUCCAGUGUAUAUUUGGUCUUGUGUUUUAGGUUAUUGCCCUGCUGAAAGGUGAAUUCAUCUCCCAGUGUCUGGUGGAAAGCAGACUGAACCAGGUUUUCCUCUAGGAAUUUUGCCUGUGCAUAGCUCCAUUCCCUUUCUUUUUUAUCCUGAAAAACUCCCCAGUCCUUAACGAUUACAAGCAUACCCAUAACAUGAUGCAGCCACCACUAUGCUUGAAAAUAUGGAGAGGGGUACUCAGUAAUGUGUUGUAUUGGAUUUGCCCCAACAUAACACUUUGUAUUCAAGACAAAAAGUUAAUUGCUUUGUCAAAUUUUUUGCAGUAUUAAUUUAGUGCCUUGUUGCAAACAGGAUGCAUGUUUUGAAAUAUUUGAAUUCUGUACAGGCGUCCUUCUUUUCACUCUGUCAAUUAGGUUUGUAUUGUGGAGUAACUGCUAUGUUGUUGAUCCAUCCUCAGUUUUCUCCUAUCACAGCCAUUAAACUAUGUAACUGUUUUAAAAUCACCAUUGGCCUCAUGGUGAAAUCCCUGAGCAGUUUCCUUCCUGUCCGGCAACUGAGUUAGGAAGGACACCUGUAUCUUUGUAGUGACUGGGUAUAUUGAUACACCAUCUAAAGUGUAAUUAAUAUCUUCACCAUGCUCAAAGGGAAAUUCAAUGUCUGCUUUAAAAAAAAAAAAAUCCCAAUCUACCAAUGGGUGCCCUUGUUUGCGAGGCAUUGGAAACCUCCCUGGUCUUUGUGGUUGAAUCUGUGUUUAAAAUUCACUGCUCGACUGAGGGACCUUACAGUUAAUUUUGUGUGUGCGGUACAGAGAUGAGUCAGUCAUUCAAAGAUCAUGUUAAACACUAUUAUUGCACACAGAGUGAGUCCAACUUAUUAUGUGACUUGUUAAGCACUUAUUUAGACUUGCCGUAACAAAGGUGUCACAAGCUGAUGUGGAUGCGGUGUUGGAGUCAGGCGCAGGACACAGAAGCUCAGUCAAAACGACUUUACUAGUCAACAAGACAAUACAAAAUAACGGGCCUCAAACACUGGAGGCGAGCGAUUACGCAUAUAGUGCGUAAAUACACUAUCAACACGAGAACAAAUACCAUACAUCAACGGACAGGCGGACAAUCACACACAACUGCAAACAAAACUAAAGGAAACUUAUAGGUGACCUAAUCAAUACAUAACACGAAACAGGUGCACUAACAAGACAAGACCAAACAAACAUCGAGACAUCAAGCGGUGGUAGCUAGUACUCCGGGGACGACGAACGCCGAAGCCUGCCCGAGCAAGGAGGAGGAGCAGUCUCGGCGGAAUUCGUGACAAAAGGGGUUGAAUACUUAUUGACUUAAGACAUUUAAACUUUUAUUAUUAUUAUUUUGUAUUAAUUUGAAAACAUUUCGAAAAACAUAAUUCCACUCUGACAUUAUGGAGUAUUGUGUCUAGGCCAGUAACAAAACAAUCUCAAGUCAAUCCAUUACACAACAAAAUGCGGAAAAAGUCAAGGGAUAUGAAUACUUUCUGUAGGCACCGUAUAUUCUUCUUACUAUAAAAUACUAUAAUACAAACAUGAACAAGCAUACAGCCUAUGGCAUGGUGCAUAGCCAGAUAACAUACAGUAGGCCAACUCAUGUUCUGUUCUUCUGAAAUCCAUAUCAUGUUCCUUUAGACCUGCCUAAAAUAAAUAAUGGAUUUAUCGUGAUGGUGUAUAUUACAUUGAUUUAUUCAACUUUUUUAAAUGUACAUGUUCCAAAGGCGCGCAUCAGCAGCUUGAAUGCGUGGAGGCCUCGAGAUGCUAAACGUGUUUAUGUUAAUUAAUUGUCAAUUACCGUGAGACCGGCAGUCUUUUGCAUGACAAUAACCAGUUGACAAAAUGUCAUGUCCGCCACGGCCCUAUCUGUGAUAAAAGGUUAGACAUUGACAGUAUUCAUUCCCAUGGAGUAGGAUUUCCUUAAUAUGAACAUAAUAAAUGGGAUGAUUAGUAAUGCACUUCGAUUAUAGAUUAAUAGAUGAAUAGAUUAAUCAAGCAGAGUUGUUCCGUUGUUUGAAAUUUCACCAUCAAAUAGUCUAGCCUCAUCAAUCUAAUAACUAAUGGAGGGAGAGCAGGAACAGGGAAGAUAUACUAUUUGUAGUGAUUCAUCACAGUAAAUCAAUGGGGACCUUUUCUGCUUCUCCUGCUCAUUUGGACAUUUGAGCUGACUGCAAUGGCUUAUGAUAUUACCUUCAUUUAGCAAAUAACUUCCGGUGACACUUUAUUUGGCUAAUCCCAAGUAGAUGGCUUGUAGAUGUUCAGUAGAUGUUCAAUAACUGUCAACAACAUUCCAACUAACUACAGUAUCUACUAACCCUAGCCCUAACCCUAACCUUAACCCUUAUCCUAACCCUAAACUUAACCCUUACCCUAACCCUAGCCCUAACCUUAACCCUAACCCUUACCCUUACCCUAAUCUGAAUCCUGUCCCUAACCUUAACUGUUAUCUUAGCAAGCAGUUGCUUAUCAACAGAUAAUUUGCUGAUAGUAUGACCAUCUGUAGAUCAUCUGUAUGGGACUAUCAAAAUAAAGUGUAACCUAACUUCCCAAGUUUGGUCAGUAGCUAAAGUGCAUGGGUACACAGUAGGGUAUGAAUAGUUCUGAUACUGUCAAUAAUGCAAAUGCAUUUCUCAUACCUGCCGAAAUGGACAAUAAUUAAACACCAAAUUCAAUGCAUCUCAAAAACCGCGAUGACAGGCGAUUGUUUGUGACAUCAAUCGAGUCAUACGGCAUGUUGUUUAUACUGUCCUAUAUCAAAUGAAGUGACCCGGUAGUGUUGGCAAUGACAUUGCCAAUCAUUUACAUUCAGCAGAAGUUGUGCAGAUGGUCCCCCCAGGUCCCCGCAUGAAAAACUGCUGAUUUAAGAGGAAUGUCAUCCUUAAUUAAUAGCAGCCCGUAAAUGGAGUGCAUUCCACGCAAAGACUGAUAUAAGCCACCACCAUUCUGCUGCUCCUGCCAGCAGGCACAUUCGCCCCUGUGCAUCCAGCUAGCGGCGAGUCACUGAGCAUCAUCGAAAUUCACAACGCAACCUGCUCAAACACGGGAUUAGCUACUGAUGUUUCAAUGAGGACAGCUCCUCUUUUCAUGUGACAGUACCUUAAUCCCGUCAGACUGGAGCCACACCAAGCUGACACCCCUAUGGAAAUGUGCUUUAAUGACAUUAAGGGUAAGCCUUUGGAAAACAGAGGAGAUGAAGGGCAGCAGGGAGCAGGCAGCACAAAGUACACUGCCAAAAAGCCCUACCCUUAAAAACUGGUGUCGGUUUUAAUGCCGUUCUGGAAAUAAAGACACACUACAUGACCAAAAGUAUGUUGACACCUGCUCGUCGAACAUCUCAUUCCAAAACCAUGGGCAUUAACAUGGAGUUGGUCCCCCCCUUUACUGCUAUAACAGUCUCCACUCUUCUGGGAAGGCUUUCCACUAGAUUUUGGAACAUUGCUGCAGAGAUUUGCUUCCAUUCAGCUACAAGAGUAUUAGUGAGGUCGGGCACUGAUGUUGGGCAAUUAGGAUUUCCUCGCAGUCUGCGUUCCAAUUCAUCCCAAAGGUGUUUGAUGGGGUUGAGGUCAGGGCUCUGUGCAGGCCAGUCAAGUUCUUCCACACCGAUCUCGUCAAACCAUUUCUGUAUGGACCUUGCUUUGUGCACGGGGGCAUUGUCAUGCUGAAACAGGAAAGGGCCUUCCCCAAACUUUUGCCACAAAGUUGGAAGCAGAGAAUCAUCUAAAAUGUCACUGUAUGCUGUAGCGUUAAGAUUUCCCUUCACUGGAACUAAGGGGCCUAGCCCGAACCAUGAAAAACAUCCCGCCCCAGACCAUUAUUCCUCCUCCACCAAACUUUACAGUUGGGGCAGGUAGCGGUCUCCUGGCAUCCGCCAAACCCAGAUUCGGCCAGCCGACUGCCAGAUGGUGAAGCGUGAUUCAUCACUUUAGAGAACGCGUUUCCACUGCUCCAGAUUCCAAUGGCGGUGAGCUUUACACCACUCCAGCCGACGUUUGGCAUUGCACAUGGUGAUCUUAGGCUUGUCGGCCAUGGAAACCCAUUCCAUGAAGCUCCCGACAAACAGUUAUUGUGCUGACAUUGCUUCCAGAGGCAGUUCGGAACUGGGUAGUGAGUGUUGCAACCGAGGACAGACGAUUGUUACGCGCUACGCACUCAGCAGUCCCGCUCUGUGAGCUUGUGUGGCCUACCACUUUGCGGCUGAGCCGUUGUUGCUCCUAGACGUUUCCACUUCACAAUAACAACACUUACAGUUGACCGGGGCAGCUCUAGCAGGGCAGACAUUUCAUGAAAUGACUUGUUGGAAAGAUGGCAUCCUAUGACGGUGCCACGUUGAAAGUCACUGAGCUCUUCAGUAAGGCCAUUCUACUGCCAAUGUUUGUCUAUGGAGAUUGCAUGGCGGUGUGCUUGAUUUUAUACACCUGUCAGAGUCAGGUGUGGCUGAAAUAGCCGAAUCCACUAAUUUGAAGGGGAGUCCACAUACUUUUGGUGAUGUAGUGUAUAUAUUCAUGCUUAAGUUCAAAUACAGCGGGGAAAAAAAGUAUUUAGUCAGCCACCAAUUGUGCAAGUUCUCCCACUUAAAAAGAUGAGAGAGGCCUGUAAUUUUCAUCAUAGGUACACGUCAACUAUGACAGACAAAUUGAGCAUUUUUUUUCCAGAAAAUCACAUUGUAGGAUUUUUUAUGAAUUUAUUUGCAAAUUAUGGUGGAAAAUAAGCAUUUGGUCACCUACAAACAAGCAAGAUUUCUGGCUCUCACAGACCUGUAACUUCUUCUUUAAGAGGCUCCUCUGUCCUCCACUCAUUACCUGUAUUAAUGGCACCUGUUUGAACUUGUUAUCAGUAUAAAAGACACCUGUCCACAACCUCAAACAGUCACACUCCAAACUCCACUAUGGCCAAGACCAAAGAGCUGUCAAAGGACACCAGAAACAAAAUUGUAGACCUGCACCAGGCUGGGAAGACUGAAUCUGCAAUAGGUAAGCAGCUUGGUUUGAAGAAAUCAACUGUGGCAGCAAUUAUUAGGAAAUGGAAGACAUACAAGACCACUGAUAAUCUCCCUCGAUCUGGGGCUCCAAGCAAGAUCUCACCCCGUGGGGUCAAAAUGAUCACAAGAACGGUGAGCAAAAAUCCCAGAACCACACGGGGGGACCUAGUGAAUGACCUGCAGAGAGCUGGGACCAAAGUAACAAAGCCUACCAUCAGUAACACACUAUGCCGCCAGGGACUCAAAUCCUGCAGUGCCAGACGUGUCCCCCUGCUUAAGCCAGUACAUGUCCAGGCCCGUCUGAAGUUUGCUAGAGUGCAUUUGGAUGAUCCAGAAGAGGAUUGGGAGAAUGUCAUAUGGUCAGAUGAAACCAAAAUAGAACUUUUUGGUAAAAACUCAACUCGUCACGUUUGGAGGACAAAGAAUGCUGAGUUGCAUCCAAAGAACACCAUACCUACUGUGAAGCAUGGGGGUGGAAACAUCAUGCUUUGGAGCUGUUUUUCUGCAAAGGGACCAGGACGACUGAUCCGUGUAAAGGAAAGAAUGAAUGGGGCCAUGUAUCGUGAGAUUUUGAGUGAAAACCUCCUUCCAUCAGCAAGGGCAUUGAAGAUGAAACGUGGCUGGGUCUUUCAUUAUGACAAUGAUCCCAAACACAAAGCCCGGGCAACGAAGGAGUGGCUUGGUAAGAAGCAUUUCAAGGUCCUGGAGUGGCCUAGCCAGUCUCCAGAUCUCAACCCCAUAGAAAAUCUUUGGAGGGAGUUGAAAGUCCGUGUUGCCCAGCGACAGCCCCAAAACAUCACUGCUCUAGAGGAGAUCUGCAUGGAGGAAUGGGCCAAAAUACCAGCAACAGUGUGUGAAAACCUUGUGAAGACAUAUAGAAAACGUUUGACCUGUGUCAUUGCCAACAAAGGGUAUAUAACAAAGUAUUGAGAAACUUUUGUUAUUGACCAAAUACUUAUUUUCCACCAUAAUUUGCAAAUAAAUUCAUUAAAAAUCCUACAUGUGAUUUUCUGGAGAAAAAAAAUCUCAUUUUGUCUGUCAUAGUUGACGUGUACCUAUGAUGAAAAUUACAGGCCUCUCUCAUCUUUUGAAGUGGGAGAACUUGCACAAUUGGUGGCUGACUAAAUACUUUUUCCCCCCAAUGUAUGUAAACAUACCUUGAAGAUAAAGAUGCUAAGUGUCUGGGUUUUAGUGCAUUAAGCCCAUUUAGGCUAGUAAGCCUGUUUAUUUUGAUGGGCCAGUCACAAGACGUGUAUCUCCUUCACUAAGAUGGCAGGAAUCUGCUAUUCAACAGUGGCUCAGUACAGUGUGUGAUCUGUGGUGUACAUAACAGCAUACAUACAGUACUUAGUAUGUAUAGGGCAUACCAUACCUAUCAGGAAACCAAUUUUCACAUGCAGCAUGGCUCUGAUAAGAUAUUCCUAACCCUCACAUCCAGUCCUUGUGCUGAAGGGGAAACAGGUCCUUUGGUGCAGCCAGAGAUAUAAAUAGGGCAUGGUUUUAUUUCACUCUCAUAAACAUGCAGAUUGAUUAGGGUCAUUUUCUGCUAGCCUGCCUCCCUCCACCCAACCCCCUCCCUCCAUUAGUGAUGAAAACCUAGAUUUAUUGCCACGUCCGUCACUGCCACACUAUAAUUCACUGGCACAUUGGCUGCAUGCUUUUAUGUAAAUGACCAAUCGUAAUAAGGCAUAUCAAAAAGCAUGUCUCUGUCUCUCUGUUCAUAGGAGCGCAUACAGGUUGCCAAUGGGGCGUUGUCAAUCAGCCGACUGACGCUGUCCGAUAUUGGAAUGUAUCAAUGUGUGGCUGGAAACAAACAUGGGGAGGUCUACUCCAAUGUAGAGCUCAAAGUCAUAGGUAAGGCAAUACAAGGUCUGUGGAUGUGCCUGUCUGACAGCCUACAUACCGGUGCAUGUAUUGAAUGUUGUACAGUAUGCACGUUUGUUUGUUGUGUGCAUGUUUUAGUGUCAUUGCUAGUUUGUUUUUCCGUUCUCUACCAUCGCAGUGUGACCUCUAGCUUCUCUGUGAUUGCCUCCUAAUUAAAAAGCAUUCAUUAAAAGAUGAAUGCACUGUGGUGCUGUUGAUGUAUGGCCAUGCCACUGUGCUCUCCAGUCCCACCCAUCUGCCCUGUCAGUCCUGUUACUCAGGACCCUGUUCCCUGGCACAGGGCUGGCCUCCAGUUAUCACUCCCGAAACCCAUCUCCCACCACUCUUGAUCAUUGUUUUGUCAUUGAUUGGAAUUAGAUCCAACACAGCCAAAGUUUCCAGGUUGAAUUAAACGUGAAGGAGGUAAAAACGUCAUUGACAGUCCCUGGCAGAGAAACACUAAUUGAGGUGCUUUAUAAAAGCAAAGGGAGGGAGGAUCCUGGAGAGAAAAGUAAAUGAUCAUGAUAGAACUAAUUUGUCUUUCUUAGCCGAAAAAAGGAUUCCCUGUUUUUUAAGGAGUGCAGUGUGUUGCACUCUCCUUCCUUCCCUGCCAUUUCUACUCAACACAUUACACGCCUCACUCUUUAGGGGUUAUACAGAUAACGUUCCAUUUCAUCAUUCUUUUUUUGUUUUGUGCUUUUUCAAUAUGUCUGCCUUUGACUCACUCUCUGUCUAGUCCAUACAAGCUGGAGUGUGGAGUUUAGUAAUCUCCUUGAGCCUUGUCUACCCUGGCUAAGACCUGCUCUAGCUCUGGCCAAUGACAAUGACUCUCUCUCGGUCUUGCCAAAUGGGAGUCUCUUGUUCCCUUGAUGUAUAUGUUGUUCUUUCCUGAGACCUUACCAGGAAAGACUCUGGAUCCAGUAUACUGAGGUUUUCCUAGUUCUGGUUAUGUGUUCAGGAUAAACUCAUGUCUUUACGCUCAUGUAAUACAUGUCGAAAGUUAGACAUAAGAAAGUAAAGGGGCAGGGAACUGUUUGGUUUUUAACAUGCAUGUGUUGUCUCAGCUGUUGCCCCAGAUUUCUCCCAGAACCAGCUGAGGAGCCACACCAUGGUGAAGGAGCGAGGAGAUGUGCUGAUCGAGUGCAGGCCCAAAAUGUCCCCCUGGGGUGUGAUCUCCUGGAGGAAGGGCAGUGAGACUCUACGAGAGAGCAACAGGUAA